UAAACACUCUUCGCUUAAGAAUUACACAUCGUGUGUAUAUUUUCAAUUGGAAUUGACAAUGUUUUUUAAAAUAAUGGUAUUAUGACUGACGUAAAAAUGGCUGCUGGAAGCUCUAAGGAUUUUAUUGUUCUUGAUGACGAUGAUUAUAAAGUGACUCCUGAAGAUGAAAUAAAUGCAAUCGAUUAUGAACUGAGGCAAAUAGAAUGUGAGCAGCAAAAACUGGAAGACCGCAAGAAAAUUUUGGUUGAUCGCAAGCAGAAAUUAAAGGAUGAUGCCUUAUUACAGAAAAGCUUUAAUCUAGCUAAAAAAGAUUGGGACACAGAAAAUUUUUCAUGGUCAAAAAAUCUUAAAAAAGCACUGACUGAUGUAUUCAAAAUUAAAGAACUUAGGCCUUUACAACUCCAAACAAUGAAUGCCUUCAUGUCAAAUGAAGAUGUAAUACUCAUAAUGCCAACAGGUGGUGGCAAGAGUCUGUGUUAUCAAUUACCAGCCGUUAUAAGCAAAGGUAUUACAAUAGUGGUAUCACCUCUGGUAGCUUUAAUGGAAGAUCAACUUCAUGGUCUGCAUAAAUUGAAGGUGAAUGCCGCGAUGUUGAGCGCGAAAGCUUCCAAAGAAAAUGUGAAAAUGAUCAUGACCUCGUUGGUUGACAAUAAAUCCGAUUUAAAACUUGUUUAUGUGACUCCAGAGUAUAUGGCCAAGUCAAAUCGCUUUAUGAACAAACUACAAAAGGCAUUAGAAAUGAAGAGGCUCGAUCGUUUUGCUAUCGAUGAGGUACAUUGUUGCAGUCAAUGGGGUCAUGACUUUAGACCGGAUUACAAAUUUUUAGGAAUCCUGAAAUCGAUGUUUCCCGGUGUUCCUAUUCUUGGUCUUACAGCAACGGCACCAGCAAAAAUCAUUGUUGACGUUCAAAAGAUGCUGGACAUCCAAGGAUGCCUCGUGCUAAGAGCAUCGUUCAAUAGACCGAAUCUCUUUUAUGAAGUUCGUCGCAAACCGACUGACAAGGAAACGUGUCUUGAAAUGAUUGUUAAUCUUUUGAAAAACAGAUUUGAAGGAAAGUCAGGGAUAAUCUACACGACGACCAUCAAAGAAUCGGAACAGUUGUCGACGGACUUGCGAACACGUGGUUUAAAAGUAGGCUGCUACCACGCGAUGUUAGAGCCUGAAUACCGCACGAAAGUUUAUUCCAAGUGGAUAUCCGGUGAUUAUCAGGCAGUAGUAGCGACGAUAGCUUUCGGUUUAGGAAUUGACAAACCAGACGUACGUUUCGUCAUACACCAUUGUCUGUCAAAAUCUAUGGAGAACUUCUAUCAAGAAAGCGGCAGAGCAGGACGCGAUGGUCAAAAGUCUUACUGCAUUCUUCUCUACCGUUUGAUGGAUGUAUUUAAACUGAGUACUAUGGUCUUCCAAGACAAAGUCGGCUUGCAAAAUCUCUACAAAAUCCUCAAUUAUUGUCUGGACCAAAGCAGCUGUAGACGAAGCCUCAUUGCUACGCACUUUGAAGAAACGUGGACUAAAGAUGACUGUAAAGAGAUGUGCGAUCAUUGCAAAAAAGGAAAACGCAAGAAACAAAUUGAUAUAGCGCCUUACUGCCGUCAUAUUUAUCAAAUUAUUACGCAUGCGGUACAAAAUGAACAGAGGCUUACACCAUUGAAACUCAUCGAUGCUUGGUAUAACAAGGGAGCUGCUAAUCUUAGGGUUUCAAGUAUACCAAUACCCAAGUUUCCUCGCGAGAUUGGUGAGGCGAUUGUUGGCUAUUUAUUAAUUAAUGGUUACCUUCAAGAAGAUUUUCAUUUCUCUGCGUAUAGCACUAUUACAUACGUUAAGAAAGGACCUAAAUCAGGUUUGACUAUGGGUAAUGAUCACAAGAUCGUUGUCGAGGUGGACGAUCAUUGAGUUUUCCUGUUUUAAAAAUUGAACUUUAAUGAUUCAACUGUUAUAAAACUUCCACUCUUUUAUCUUAAGUAAAUAAUAUUGUUUCCAUAAUAAAAAAAUAUAUAAUUUUUCAUGAGAUAUUUUUAAGAGAAUUUCUUCGCGUCGAAGACUUCACUUGAGUAUUGAACUAUUGUAGUUCAAAUUAGACUGAUUCAGUUUAAAUAAAAAUAACAGAUUAUGUUGAAAAUGUAUAAUGUUAUUUAAAUUAUUUAAAUUAUUAUUUAAAUUAUAAUACUAAUUAAAUUAACGCCUG